AGAAAAAGCUGGCGGCAAAAAAAAAACAGAAAAAGAAAAACAUCAACAAAGGCCUUCUCAGCGACAAUCAGCGGCGGCCAGCUUUAUAAAGAAAACAACACGGAUAUUCAAAUAUGGCCAGAUUUAAGCGUAUUUUGAAGGAAUUGGAUGACGUCAAGAACGAUAAAGAGGCGUCAAUCACUUUGGACAUGGCGGAUAACGAGCUUAACCAUUUGACUGGUACUUUUAUAGGGCCACCAGAUACUCCCUAUGAAGGUGGUAAGUUUGUUGUUGACAUCAAGAUUCCAAACGAAUACCCUUUCAAGCCUCCUAUCAUGAAGUUCGACACCAAAGUGUACCACCCCAACAUCUCGUCGGUCACGGGCGCCAUCUGUUUAGACAUCUUGAAGGAUGCGUGGACCCCGAUCCUCACGUUGAAGUCAUCGUUGAUCUCUCUACAGUCGUUGUUCCAGUCACCGGAGCCUAACGAUCCGCAGGAUGCCGAGGUUGCCAAGCACUACCUCUCUGAUCGUGAGGGCUUCAACAAGACAGCGAGAUAUUGGACUCAGAUCUAUGCCAGUGAUAAUGGUGAACGUGAUGUCAACGAUGCAGAGCUCUAUGGAAUCGACCAAGAGACAGUGACGAAUUUCGAGACCAUGGGAUUCACAAGGGAAAAGAUCAUCGAAGUGUUGAGACGUUUAGGAUUGAAGAAGGUGGAAGCUGGUGAGCCACGUACAGAGAAUAAAGUGAUCGAGGAACUCUUAAAAGAGGAUUAACAACAACAUAUACAGUCAUUAGAGGCUAUAACGAUGACUUUAAUA